AUGUUGCUCCUCCGGGUGCUGCUGCUGUGGCUGCUGGCCAACAUCUCAGAGUCGCAGGUGUCCCUGUCUGGCCCGGAAGAGGUGACGCUCCAAGAAAAGUCAAGUGCCAAUGUUGUCAUCGCCUCCAGCGGGGCGCUAGAGCAGCCGCUGGUGAUCCGCCUGAACGUCACCUACAGCUCCAAAGCCAACUUCUCGGAGAUUAUCAUCUUGCCGGAGCAGUUGACGCUGCCCGCCCGGAACACUUCGCUUGCGUUCUCGGUGACUGGCCGUGGUGCCGGACAGGUGACGACAUACCUGCUGAGCAAUGGCACGGAAGCCGGCAGCUUGUCGUCCCGUCUUCGCUUCUUGGUGGUGCACAGCGAUGCGCUGGCGGUGCUCAGCGAGAUAGUGGGCUGGAUCUACUUCCUGGCCUGGUCCGUGUCCUUCUACCCGCAAGUGUGGGAGAACUGGCGUCGCAAAAGCGUGGUGGGCCUCAACUUUGACUUCCUGGCACUCAACCUGACCGGUUUCUUCGCCUAUAGUGUUUUCAACAUCGGACUCUUUUGGGUGACUCCUAUAAAGGAGGAGUACCUGCGGCGGCACCCCAACGGCAUCAACCCCGUCAAGGCCAACGACGUCUUUUUCAGCCUGCACGCGUUCGUGCUCUGUCUGGUUUACGUCGGACAGGCCGCCGUCUACGAGAGGGGCGGUCAAAGAGUGUCAUGGACGGCCCGCUUCUUGCUUCUGAUUGGCUGGGCGUUCGCCGGCAUCACCUUGUUGUUGGCCAUCUUGAAAAAGCUCAGCUGGUUGGACUACCUCUACUACUUCUCCUACAUCAAACUGGCCGUCACGCUGGUCAAGUACGUGCCACAGGCCUACAUGAACUACCGGCGCAAGAGCACGGAAGGAUGGAGCAUCGGAACCGUGCUGCUGGACUUCGCCGGCGGCGUGCUCAGCAUCGCGCAGAUGAUCUUGGAUUCCUACAACAACGACGAGUGGCGGCUGAUCUUCGGCGACCCCACAAAGUUCGGCUUGGGUCUCUUUUCGGUGGUCUUCGACGUGCUCUUCAUCUUUCAGCAUUACUGCUUGUACCGCUCACACUACCAGGAGAUCAGGCAAAGCCAGUAA